CUUGAGUCCUACAACACCGGACCCCGAUAUCUUUUGCCCAAACCCUCGCAUUGACGUUUGCUUCCUCAUAUACAUCCCAAUUCUAAAAUUCUAAGAAGGAUCGAUUCAUCCCAGAGCCAUGUUCGCUCUUCAAUCGCAACAGCAAUCUUCUGGAUCCGAAACCGAAAAGACAACCGACACCUGCACCCCUAAUAUUCUACCAUGUCGAAUCCACCACGACGGCCCUGUUAGAUCGCUAGACCGCUAUUGGGAGCCUGUGUCUGAUGACAAAGAUAAAAAUCUCCAAACGGCUUACUUUCGUGGUCGUAAACUGCGAGGACGACGAGUUGAGAUUCCAGAGGGCUACGAAGGAGUUGUGGCCAUGCCCACUGAACGUGUUCUACCGGCAACUCGCAAAGGGGUCGAGGACGACGAAGCGGAGCCCGAGGAGCCUGUCAAAAUCCUCGAGAAACAAGCCACAUUUGGGGAAUUCAUGGUCUGGGAUCAUGAAGUUGUGCCUGCGGCCGAUGAUCCUUAUGUCAAGGGAGUCGAGGAGUGGGUGAAGUUGGCUCAAGUGAUGCAUUCCACGCCUGCCAGUGAAAAGAAGGCAUCCACGUGAACACCCGAUUAUAAUCUCAAGACGAGAAUAGCCGAUAAAUGAACUAUAUCAUCAAGGCUGGAGGCUGUCGCCCUGGGAUCUACCGUACAGGACAUAGGAGAGCGAAUGCUCCGGGGAAGACGCUCUGAAUGGCCAAAGACACGGCCACCACUUCUCUGCCACCACCUCCAUACAGAGACAGCCAGAUGAUAAUCUUGUCAGCCAUCAUACGUCAGAUCCCAGGGAGAAUACCAAUAGUGCAUGGGUUAUCGCUUGUCACGAUGACAGGAUACCAUACAAAGUCCAUGGUAGUUGCGUCUGCAGCCCAGCAGAUCUCAUUCGAGUACCACUACUUUCCAAAUAUCGCAAUG